AUAUUUGACAAUGUUCAGUUUGAUUCAGUGUGAUUCAGUGUGAUUCAGUGUGAUUCAGUUCGGCACGUGUUUAAUCGUUACGUUCCGUGCGUUUGAUACACGUGUUGUGAUACUUAUUAAAAAUUUGAUACAAUUUAUUUCCACAAGUAGAUACAAGUAAAAACAAAAUGCAGCACGAUGACGCCGUGUGGAGUAUUAUAAAUAAAUCAUUUUGCUCUUAUAAAAUAAAUACAAAGACACAAAGAUUCUGUAGACAUGAGUACAAUCUUACGGGAUUGUGCAGCAGACCUGCAUGUCCUCUUGCAAACAGUCAGUAUGCCACAAUCAAAGAGGAAAGCGGUAUUAUCUAUCUGUAUAUGAGAACCAGUGAUAGGAUAUAUAAACCUAAAGCUAGUUGGCAGAAAGUCAAACUAUCCAGAAAUUUUGAGAAAGCGAUACAGCAGAUCAAUGAAAAUUUGCUUUACUGGCCUGGUUUCAUAAAAGCAAAAUGCAAGCAACGAUUCCUCAAGAUUACACAGUAUCUUAUUCGCAUGAGGAAACUCAGACUAAGGCGGCAGAAGAAGAUCGUACCUCUUCAGAGGAAGAUCGAGAGAAGAGAGAGGCGUAGGGAGGAAAAGGCUUUAGUCGCUGCCAGACUAGAAAAUGCGAUUGAAAAGCAGCUUAUGGAGAGAUUAAAGAAGGGAAUGUACGAAGGCAUUUUCAACUUCCCACAACGAGUGUUUGACAAAGCAGUGAAAGAUGUCGAAGUCGUGGAAGAAGAUGGCGAGGCGGAAAGUGACGAAGAAGUGGAACAGGAAAUCGAGAAGGAAGUGGAAAUGGAAUUGGAAGCAGAUGAGAGGGAAACUGAGCAGGAUGGCCCACAAUACAUUGAAGCUGAUAGCAAUGAUGAUGAUGACGAUGUUGAAGAGCUUUCUAUGGAUGAAGAUAGUGACUCUGGACGAAAAGAAGAAAUUGAAUUGUCAGACAGUUUUGAAUCUGAUGUCAGCGAUAUUGAGGAUAUGUUCGAGCCAUCCACGAGUAAGAAGACAAAAAUGCCGAAAGUUGGUAAAAAAGCAAAGGCACAAAAGAAAUUGCGACCAAGAGUGGAAGUGGAAUACGAAAUGGAACAAGAGAGCCGACGACAACAGGCUUAGCAAAUUUGUAUCAUAUAAAUAUUACAAUUGUUUUUCUAAUAAAGCUAUUGAAAAUAUUA